UCUGAGUUUUUAUUCAUUCUCGAAAAUAUCGGAUCUUCGAACGCGGAGGAGAACGAUAUCACGACCUUUUUGAUCUCUGCACUUAAGUAACAAGGAUUGGAUUGGUUGAAAUUUUGAUUAGAAUGGCUUUGAAUGGGGCAGCUCCACCAAGAGGCAGUGCAGCAGCAGCUGCAGCCAACUUACGAAGGAGGAGGACCGGUGGAACUACAGGGGCAUCGGGUGGGACAGCUGGGAACAUGCUCCAAUUCUACACGGACGAUGCACCUGGGUUGAAGAUCUCUCCAAACGUUGUUCUUGUGAUGAGCAUCGGAUUCAUCGCUUUUGUUGCUGUCCUUCAUGUCAUGGGUAAGCUCUACUUCGUCCGUAAAGAGUAAGGUUUCAUUUGAUCAAAAGAUGAACUUGAUGGCUAGGUUUCGUAUUUUAGUCUAGCGUUUGUACUUUUUGAUCAGUUAAAAUUUUCCGUUUCUGAGAUCGUUCCCAGUGAUAUAAGCUAUUUCUUAAAAAUUGUUUUGAUUACAUAUGAAUCUUGAGGUAUAUGUAUGGGUUAUGUUCAUGGAUCAACAGAAAAUCGCCCGUUCGGGGCAUCUUCAAC